ACUACUGUGACUACAUAACCGCAUGAAAAAUACGAACUGUUACUCUUAACCGCUUGUUUUCAGUUAAUUGACAGUUAAAUAGGACACGCUUAAAUCUGGAUGUCUGUUCGGAUUUUAUUUUGAAAUUAACAACCGGGAAAUUUAACAUUCACUCAACCUACUUUGACCGACACUGUUAAGCUAACAUGUUAGCAAUGAGUUGCUAGCUAGCCGAAACUCUUAAAAUAACAUGUCAGUAGAACAGCUAGCACAAAGUUAAAAGUAAGGAGUCUUUUUUUGAGUGUUAGUUUCUGAACCUCUCGCUGUCCAAGGAUGUUUUCAUCUGCCUGGAAUUUUGUUAAACGCCACAAAAGGAAAUUUAUUUUCACCGGAGCUGUAGUUGGAGGAGUGUACCUUCUGGGUAAAUUUGCACAGAAGAAGAUCAGGGAGAUCCAGGAGAAGGAGGCGACGGAGUACAUCGCUCAGGCCAGACGACAGUUCCACUUCGAAAGCAACCUGAGGACCUGCAACAUGACCGUGCUGUCCAUGCUCCCUCCACUGAAAGAAGCCAUCAUCAGUCAGCUGAAUUCAGAAAGUCUAACCGCACUACUCAAGACCAAACCGACCAAUAAGCUGGAGAUCUGGGAAGAUUUAAAGAUCAUCAGUUUCACCCGCACCAUCGUCGGGGUGUACAGCACGUGCAUGCUGGUGGUUCUGCUGAGAGUCCAGUUGAACAUCAUAGGAGGAUACCUGUACCUGGACAACUCUGUAGGCAAGAGCACACAGACUCCUCUGGCUCCCCCGGACGUCCAGCAGCAGUACCUGUCCAGUAUCCAGCAUCUACUGGGAGAUGGUCUGACAGAACUGAUGACGGUAGUGAAGAAAGCAGUACAGAACUCGCUGGGAGGCAUGUCUCUGAAGCAGAGCUUGUCUCUGCUGGAACUGGAGCAGCAGCUGAGCUGGAUCAGAGCGGAGGUGGAGGCCGACUCCGAGCGGCCGCUGUCCUGGUACAUGCUGGCUGAUGACGAGAACACGCUCGCCGACCAGGCGUGCGGCCUGACAGAAAACGAUGUUGUGACCAUCAGACUGUUAAACGAGACGAGGGACAUGUUGGACAGUCCAGACUUCACCACAGUCCUGAACGCCUGUUUGAACCGAGGAUUCUCUCGUCUUCUCGACAACCUGGCCGAGUUCUUCCGCCCGCCUCCCGGUGACUCCGCCCCCAGCUCUGCACCUGAUAGUCUGUCUGCAGUGAUUCUGCCGCUGGCGAAGAUCAUCCCCAUCGUCAACGGUCAGAUCAACACCAUCUGCAGCGAGACUCCCAGCCACUUCAUUCAGGACCUGCUGAUGAACGACCAGGUGAAGGAGUUUGCGGCGAACGUCUACGAGGCCUUCAGCACACCACAGGAGCUUCAGAAGUAACUGGCCCAGCAGGGGGGAAGAGAAGAGGAAAUCUGAGGGGAAGAAAAGAGGGAUGAAAAGGGAUGAAAGCCCUCGACCUUCCUCUUCGACAGAUCCUGCACACUUUUCAUUCUGACGGUGAAGAUUCGUGGCAAAGUGUCCACGAGGAAGCAUCUGUGAGCAGCGCCGUCGUGGAUUAUUGAACUGGAGAAGGGAGAGGAGACUUGAACUGUGUUUGCAUUCACAGCCGAGCCCGUGGUUUACACCGAAAGCACUGCAUCUUGGCAUGUGGAGUCUUAUUUAACCCGGUAAUGUUGUCUUAAAACACACACACACACACACACACCAAAAAGUGUGGCGAAGGAUCAGUCAUCACUGAGCUGAUCUCUUUGUCACUUUGUGAUGUUGAUGUCACAGAUGUUCCCUUUUCCAUCUGUCCGCUGAUGUUUCCAGCUGUGCUGCCUCCAUCAGGAGGGUUUGAAGUGUGUGAGGCUCUCGUUUUUAUUCUUAACUAAUUCAGGUGGCAGGAGGAUGUGUGUAGGGCGGGACUGAUAUGGGCUGAUGCAAACAUGGACGUGAUUUUUUUUCCACUAACAUUCAGUGUUUUUAAAUUUGAAAAAUUUUUGCAUUUUAUUGUCAGGGUGGAAGAAAUGUGCAACAGCUUUGUGGGUAAUUGAGUAAAAACAUGAUUUAUUAAAGAACCUGAUCAGAAUGUACUUUUUACUCUACUACAUUGAUUUGAUACCUUGACGUGUAACCAAUCAGAUCGUGUUCUGGGCGGGGACAUCGAGUGAGAGUACAGAAAGUGAGAGGAGGCUGCAUUAAAGCCAAAGUAGAGCAUUUUAAAAUGAAUUUAUUUUAACGUCAGGCAGGCAAAAAUAACUGAUACCAACAACUGGAAAAAAUGCAGAAUAUCGGACCAAUGAUCAGUGUGGCUGAUCGGUUCCCAUAAAGCAGCUGUUCACCUCUUGUGGUGCAGAGUCAAAAAAGCAUCCCUACGUUUAAAACAGGACGUGUGCUCUGCCACAUGUCUGCACUCUCAGUCCGUUUUUUUCCAGUGUAGUUCCUGUCCUGUCCAGAAGGUGUCACUCUGCUGCAGCUGCUGUGCGUGGCUUUCCUUUGUCUUUAUAUGAAGGGGCUUCAGUCCAAAUUCUUUCAAGUCACAUUACUUUAAAUAUUGUUUCAUGAUUGUGAUUUGGUUCUUGGCAGUUUUGUCAUGAGGCAACUAAUAACAUCCAAGGUUUUACUUUUGUGGCUUCGGUCAUUUUGUAGGAACGAGCAGCAUUCAGUCAAAGUGUUCAUCCAUCAUCUUGCUGUUUUCCCGUUAUUUGUUUCACUAUGUUCCUAUGUUUGUGACAGACUAGUGUGGAAUAUGCAAGACAUUUAUCCAAAUCUGAGAGAUGCCCUCCCAGUGAACCUGCGUGUGAUCAGCUGCGUUAAUCAGCCGAUUUAACGCACCUGAACCUGCCAAUUGUUUAUUCGUGAAGCUCUGGUUUAGCUGAUGGUCUGAGACAUGACAUGAUGAGAUUUCAGCCAACAUUGAUUGGUUUCAGCUGUGACUUCUGUUCCUUUAUUCACUCUGAAGUUCUGUCAGUCAUUUACUUUGAUUACGGCUGCAUGACAUCAUCAGGUAACUGUAAGCACUGUAAAAUACUGCUCUGCUUAUCCAUCGCCAUAACAAAAUGAGAUAAAAUAAUAACCUGUCAAAAUACCCACUUUUAUUGGUUGAUAUGUUGCCCCAGAAGCAAGUAUAAUAAACUAUAUUAUUGUCAUUUUAAGACCAUUUUACACCAGUGAUACAGAGAUAAUAUAAUACAAUAAAAAGUCAGUACACCCUUUCAGAGAGCAAUGAACUUUUACUUGUUCAGAAUAUCCAGAUGUUGGAAUUGUUACGUCAAAUGCUAAAAUAUUCUAAAUCAAUAAAACCUGAUUAUCGCGACAGGCCUGCUCGCUGCCCUGUCUCAGUCCAUGAGCUCAGUUCAGGCCUCUUUGUGGGUGAUGUCAGAGCAGGUGUGCUCCUUCACCUGUCAGAUUUCAGUUUCCUCGUCAGGAGAUGAGAACACAUCAGCUGACAGUUCAGCUAAGCCAGGCUACGUUCACACUGCGGCUCAAAGUGACCCAGUUCAUCAGAAUGAAUAUGAUGCUGGAGGAGGCGAUCAGCUCUCUCAGCCUCUCGGUUAUCUUUGCUGCGUUCCUCCGUCUUUGGCUUCGCCCACCUCUGCUGACGUGAUGCUGAUGUGAACUCUGACUGCUCACACCAGCAUCAGGUCUGAUUCUGAUUCUGGACCACAUCUGAGUCACACGUGAGCAGAAACAAAUCAGAUGUGGGACUGUUGUGCCUGCAGUGUGAACGCAGUCUUCACUCCUGAUCUCUGGGUUACAUGAUCACCAGGUGAGAAUGUAAGUCUGUAAUCCCUGAUGUUAUGCCUUUUGAUGCGUAAUGUCCCGAAUGACAGCCGAAAAUGUAUGUUUGUAGCAGUUUAUUAAGGUAAUAAAGGUAAUGUAAUUUCAUAUGCGGUCUUCAUCUUGUUUUUCCUCUAAAGUCUAAUUAAAACAAUUUUUAUGUUUGUGAAAGCCAGUUAUUCAACAGCUCCAACAGGGGGCGCCCUGCAGCAGCGGCAAACAGUUUCUUGGUAGGAUCCAGCACAUUGGAACAUACUGGUCUUGGAAAAUAAUCCACUGACUCAUAACACAUCAGAGGAUGAUGUCAUCUCUCAAUUAUUGAUUAAUUAAUUUAAGAAAGUCCUCUCCGAAAUGGAGACAGUGUGUGUAACACGUGUGUGUGUUUCCCUUGUCGUUCUUAUUGUUACCAGCUGCUCUAUUAGAAAACCAGCCCUUUAUUUGACCGGGUCGUGUAAGGAUGAUGAAACUGGUUAUCUGAUUAUACAGAAGGUGAAUUACGUUCCAAAGUGACAGCAGUAAAGACUAAAACCUG